GAAAUGAGGAAGCAUCAGUUUAAGUAUUGAGAAGCACCCACAGACACCCAAAGCAGGAACUGAACCCCGCCCCUCUUCUGAGAACAGAGUUAUUUUAAAGCAGCUUUUGAGUUAACUCUCUCACAGAAACAAUCACUUUCCCUUCAGACACCUGCUGUGCUGUACGAUUUGAGGAUUUGAAGGAUGCAGCUGGUCAUUUAUUUCCUGAUGAUAUUAACAUACACACAUGCAGAUUAUCCUGCACUAAAAACUCUUCUGUCAGAGAAGGGUCUCGGAGGCGUGUCUCAGAUGAUGUCUGUCCGGAUACAAAGCGAACUGAAGAGUACUGCAAUCCCAGAGGUCCGUGGUGGGAUAGACAUCAAGAUCGGCACUGUGAAAUAUGUGUUAUCAAACAUGCAUGUUAGGCAGUGCAGCAUGCCAGACCCAUCGCUGGUGUUUGUACAGGGAACAGGUGUAUCUGUGAAAGUCAGUCAACUCAAAGUAGGCGUCACAGGCAGCUGGGCAACACAGUUUGGCGUCAUCCAUGAUCACGGCUCGUUUAAUCUGGCUAUGUACAAUAUCAAAAUCUACACCCUCCUGCAGUUAGGAGAUGAUGCUGGCCGUCUCUCCAUCACCACUGUUUCCUGUAGUGCUGACAUAGGAGGUGUGGACAUUCAGUUCCACGGAGGUGCUAGCAUUUUUUUCAAGCCAUUUGUAAGUUCUUUCAGGAGAAGAAUAUCAGACAUGAUACGUGAGAAGAUUUGCCCAGCAAUUCAAAAAGCAAUCAAUGAAUUGGAGAGAAAUCUACAGAAAACACCUGUUAAUGUACCUGUGGGUCAGUAUAUAUAUCUGAGCAUCCCUCUCACAUCCUCCCCGGCUGUGACAGACCAAAGCUUUGAAAUAGAUAUUAAGGGUGAGUUUUACAGCCGCAGUUCUCCGUCUGAACCACCUUUCUCUGCAAGUGUGUUUGAUGUGCAGUAUGCAGAAAACUCCAUGCUUUCACUGGCUGCCUCCGAGUUCUUAGUAAAUUCAGCAGCUUAUGCAUUCCUCAGGUCUGGAGUUCUCCAAAUCAACAUCAGAGAUGACAUGAUACCGAAGAGUUCUCCAAUCCAUCUGAACACCAGCCAGUUUGGAGCCUUCAUUCCACAGCUACGCACAUUAUAUCCCAACAUGGAGAUGCAGGUGCUGUUAUACGCCAGUGAGACGCCACUAUUCUCCUUCAGUUCAGGAGUGAUAGACGUUCAUGUGCCGGCCGCAGCAAAGUUCUCCGCUGUUAAACCUGAUGGGACACUGGUGCCUCUCUUUACUCUGGAUGUGGACUGUAGCUUCAGUGGAAGUGCUCUGAUUGACAAAAAAAACCUGACUGGAGCUUUCGAAAUGAAAAAUUUAACGCUGACUCUCGGAUCAUCUGAGAUUGGUGAUUUCAAGACUGACUCAUUCCAGCGAGUGUUAGUGAUAGCAGUGAAGAUGUUUGUACUUCCAAAACUAAAUGCGGCUCUGAAGAUUGGUUUUCUCUUACCCACACUGCAGGGCUUCAGUUUGAUCAAUUCUCAAUUGCUUAUAAAAAAUGGAUUUGUGGUGAUUUUUACUGAUGUCCAGGACUCCCUGACAGGCCUCUAAGAUCCAAACAUGAACUGCACAAAAUAACGAACAGCUGUAUAACUGCUGAAUUGUUUUCAGUGUAAGAAUUAUAUAAUCAUUACUUGUUCAUAUGUACAAGUUGACCAAAUUUGACCAUAUUAUUUUUCACAUACUAUUAUGUACAUGAAUGUUUAUUAUUCAUCUAUACAAAAUAAUCUACUGUGCCAAAAAAAAAAAAAAAAAAUUACUCUUCUCCACAUAAUUACUUCAUUGGAGUCCAUUUGCAUAAACAAUCUGGCAUUAUGUCUUUCAUCUAUGAGCUAAAGUGUGUGUAAAAGCUUUUUAAAAAUAUAUUAUCACUAUCAAUCCAAUGCACAUGUUAUUUCACUACGUCAUUAAAGAUGUUCAAACAUUUGUUCAGGGGG